GGAUAGAGUAGAUAAUUUGGCCAGUUUUCUGCCAAAUCUCGUUAAGAUUGAACUUAGAUCUUGUCACGGUUUUCAGCAUCUCCCUCCAAUGAGUGAACUGCAGCAUCUGAAAUCAUUAGAACUUCGUAACUUGAGGAAUUUGAAGUACCUGGGGAGUUUAAGUAGCAGUAGCAGUCCUGCACCAGCUUCUGAAGCAGGGUCAUGGACAGCUGAACAAAUCUUCUUCCCCUCCCUUGAACAACUUGAGUUAGUGAAUCUUCCGAAGUUGAAAGGUUGGUGGAGAGGGAUCGAGUCAGUUGAUAGCAGCAAUAAUAGGCAACCUCCAUUUCCAUGUCUUUCAAAGUUAACUGUACAGUCGUGCCUUGACCUUGCAUCAUUGCCGCCCUGUCCAAGUCUAGAAACACUGUUUUUAAGCGAGUUCAACGAAAAUUUGCGAAUCAUAGUUGGUAAGGAUCAUGAGGGAUCUAUUUCUGCCUCAUCAUCUUAUCCAUCUGUGGUACAAUGUGGCAAUUCAGAUGUCAAAUUGAAGAGGGUGGAAGUAGAAGACGUCGACUAUCUCAAGUCAAAGCCGAUGGGAUCAUCUACGGGGAUGCAUAAUGAUUGGGAUAAAGAAUUCAUGAGUUUACCGGAAGCUGGCGAGGUUAGAUAUUGACGGUGUGUGCAACGACGUGACAUUAGGUUGCACCGAAGAAACAACUACAUAGCGAUAAUUAAGGAAGACUUGGUCAUCGUUUUGGCUGCGGGUAGUCGUGUCAAAACAAGUUUUGGGUAUACCCACGGCGAACCAGGUCAGAUCCGAACAGGUCAUAAUUCUGACAGUCAGUGCACCAGGUCGUGAUUGGUCAGGUUUUGUUCAACUGGGUCGAUCGCAUUUGAAUCAUGGGAAUGUCGGGUUCCGGACAUGUCUGAGCGCUAUAUUUACAAGUUGAUCCAUUUUCGAGUAUGAUUGCUGAUAUGUCACAUUUAUAUAUAGUUUUUAGAUGCAUUUUGAUUGUAUUUAGAACUCCUUUUAGAGCAUUUAGGUGUAUAAUGGAAUGAAUUA